ACUAAUACGUAAACUUUAAAUUUAAUCGGGGUAUAUAGUUAAACACACCCUGCUUUGCCUCGCACCACAUUUCUAUUUGACGGAUAAACGAGUUCCGGCCAGCUAUGAGGACAGGAAGCGAGGAGACGCUUAUGGCGCCCGACUAGAAAGCCGUAGCAGCUAAUCGCUUUCAAAGACCUAUUUUAUUUUGCUUCAUCUGCGAACGUGAGGAGUAAAACAGGCAACCAUACAAGAGCAAAGAUGGAUCCUGAUGAGAUGGAGGUGGAGAGCAGCAGUGAUGUGGGGCAUUCUGGGAUGGAGGAGCCAUCAGAGAGCGGGAUGGGCAUGGAGUCUUCAGAAGCCAUGUCUGCUGAUAGCAGUGACGCGGCUAUGAUUCUUGCUUCUGCCCCAGAAUCAGACUGCCAUGUCGGACAGAGCUCUGAGGGACUUUUGGUAUUUAUCCCAGAGACCAGCUCUAGUACAGAUGUACGAAGGGUUCAUCUACCAGACUCGUCCUCUGUCGCCCAGUCAACUAGCGUGUCAAGCGUCUCCACAGUGACACAAUCGGUCCUGGUGUCGGAGUCCGUCCAGAUGCUGGUGCAUUCCAGUGCUGUGUCUGAAGGAGGAAUGAUGGUUUCUGAUUCCACUGCCUCCACCUCAUCAGAUCUUGGCUCAGCUAUUGACAAGAUCAUUCAAUCUACCAUUGGACCAGACAUUAUGAAUGGAUGCAUUGCAGUUACAAGCGCAGAGGAUGGCAGUGCAGAAACCACGCAAUAUCUGAUACUCCAAGGACCUGAUGAUGGAGCUCCUAUGGUUGCUCAGAUGUCUUCCUCUGCACUUUCAAGUCGCAUUGCCAUUGAAGCCCUAGCUGAUGGACCCACCUCCACCUGCCUGGAUCAGGGAGACCUAUCAGAGAACCCACAGGGCAGCGUGGAGCCCGAUCAACCUGGACACUCUGGUUACUGCGACCACGAAGAUGGCAGCAGCAGCCACCCAGACCAGCCCCAGCACUCCCAGUAUGUGGAGUGCAAUGGAGAUGACCCAGACCAGAACAGGGAGGCUAGAUACAUUGAGUACUCGGGAGCAGAACCAGACCAGACCCCGCGUCAUUCGGGAAUCACGCACUACAACGUGGCUGAGUGCAGCCAUACAAACGUCAGCCGGCAGAGAUGUGCGUUUCGUUCUUCCCGCUACGUUGUGGAGUGCAGUGACAGGUACUUGCAAUCCCACGCGGAUGGGGCAGAGCGGCCGCAACAUUCCCGUUACAUCGACAGCAGCAUGGAUGACAGGGAGCACGUCUCUGCCUCGGAACAAGAGGGCGGGAUGGCAGAGGAGCCUCAGAAUUCCUACAUGCUGCAGGGUUCGCUAUAUGCAGACGAGGGUGUUGUUCGACACUCCCUGGCUGACACUGUGGGGUCGCAGCUCGCAGAUCAGAUGGACUGCAAUGACAGCUUACCUGGCUCCUGCAUAAGUAGCAGUGGGACCUAUACCACCCACCCAAAGCCUGAGGAGGUGGAGUCUGGGUUGGUGGGUGAGCGAGGGCAUAGAACCCCAAACAUGGCAGAGCUGGAGGAAAUGAUGGAGGUGGUGAUCGUACAGCAGUUCAAGUGUAAGAUGUGCCCGUAUAAAAGCGUCUCCAAGGAUACGCUUAUCAACCACAUGAGAGACAGACACUUUAAACCAGCAGUUGCCUCACACUCAAAGAAGCGUGGACGCGGUCGUCCUCGAAAAUCUGAAAGCAAGCAACGACCAGUCUCUGAUGUCAAGAAGGAGGAGCCACCAGAGGAAGAGGAGGAUGACAUUGUUGAUGCAGGUGCCAUUGAUGAUCCUGAAGGUGACAGUGAUUAUAAACCGGCCCUUGAAGAGGCCAGUCCCAGAACAACUGCAAAUCAUUGCAAACCCCCGCCUACCUGUUCUUCGUCGUCUUCCACUACCUCACGAAAACGGCCCCGCAGGGUAGUGGGACCACCUCGGAAAUUCCUCAGUGAAUCAGCAGAGACGGCAGCAGUGUCCCAAAUAAACAAUGUAGGGGACGGUCAAACUCCUGAAGAGGCAAGUUCAUCUGGUAUGGAGAAUGGUACUCCCUCAUCCAAUGGCACAGUCGCUGAGCCAGCUGUCAGCCAGUCGGAUUCAGAGAACCAAGAUCCGUCAUCAAAUACAGGCACUGAUGAACUUGACCUUUUGCCAAGGAAACGUGGACGUCCUUCUAAACGUUUUCUUCAAAAGAAGUACAAAAAGUACAUGAAUCGGAAUAAGUACUACAGAUCCCUCAAGCCUCUGCUAAGGCCUCAUAACUGCUGGAUCUGUGGCUCUCGCUUUCUAUCGCAAGACGAUCUAAGAUUUCAUGUGGAUUCUCAUGAGGGAAACGACCCUGAACGUUUCAAGUGCCUGCAGUGCAGCUACCGCUGCAAGCGUUGGUCUUCACUGAAGGAGCACAUGUUCAAUCAUGCAGGUACAAAACCAUACAAGUGUGAGAUGUGUGAUUACUCCAGUGUUUAUAAGAAGGAUGUGAUCCGGCACUCAGCUGUCCACAACAAAAACAAGAGUCGAAAGAUGGACAUGGUUCCUAAAGUAUCUGAGUUUCCAUGCCCCAUCUGUCAUCGUGUUUACCCUAUGCAGAAACGUCUCACACAGCACAUGAAGACGCACAGCACUGAAAAACCUCACAUGUGCGACAAGUGUGGGAAAUCUUUCAAGAAACGCUACACUUUCAAAAUGCAUCUCCUCACGCACAUACAGAACUGCGGCAACAGCGUGUUUAAGUGUGAGUUCUGCGAUUACACCUGCACUGACAAAAAGCAUCUUCUCAAUCACCAGCUGUCCCAUACCAACGACAAACCUUUCAAAUGUGAAGAGUGUAAAUACUCCACAAGUAAAGAGGACUUUCUCGUGUCCCACAUUGCUAUUAAACACACCGGUGAAAAGCCAUUCUCCUGCGAAAUGUGCCACUUCACGACCAGACACAGGAAGAACCUACGGCUACAUAUCCAGUGUCGACACCCCGAGAUUUUUGAAGAGUGGAAUCGGACGCAUCCAGAGGAACCCAUUCGUCGCCGACAGAAACCCGUUUUCACCGUGCAGCAGAUUGAAGAGCUUAGAUUGCAACACGAAACGCAGGAGCUUCAGGGCACAGUGGUGUCAGUGGACCCCAUCACUCUCCAAACAAUGGAGUCCAUGGGGAAUACAUCUGUAUCCCAAGAUGCACUGGGAAAUACAACCAUUAUUUACGAGCAAGGCCAAAAUUCAGACCUCUCUGCCCAGAAUGCUCUAGAUCUGCUUCUAAACAUGAGUAAUGCCAGAGAACUGCAGGUUGCGGUACUGAAAGCAGACGGCAAGACUCUGGAGACGGGCACGUGGUCUGGUUCCGGGGGUCAGGGGUCAUCCUUGCAGCCUCAGAAAAUUGUGACCUUCCAUGUAUCAGAAAACGGCGACACCCUGGUGCAGGAGGCGUUUGAGACGGCUACGGGGACCGUGGAGCAAGAAGAGACGGCCGGUGUGUCACAAAUUGGCAUCAGUACAUAUGAGGGUGCAGAAUUCAGUGUUGUGGAGCAGGCAGCUGAUGAGAUUCCCGCCACUGGAACGCCCCACAGUUUAGAGGAACCCGCAGCAGAGCAUCAGGUUAUGGAAGUGAGCACAGAGACUUUGUGCUCACUACAGCAGGUAGAGUUGAGCAGUGAAGCUCCGGCCUCCCCUACCAUGUGUCCAUCACCUCCCUCUCAGCAGUUCAACCCCAAACGCUUCUCCUGCCGGAUAUGCAUGGAGGCUUUCCACGGUCGUUCGGACAUGGAGAACCACAGGCGGGCGCACAUAGAUCCCAAAACAUUUAAAUGUCCCGACUGUGACUUUACAGCUCCUUCUUGGCCGGACGUCAAAUCUCAUAUGGCCAUGCACGCGUAUUUACGGCCUCAUAAGUGCCCGAGCUGCAGUUUUGCCUCAAAGAACAAAAAGGACCUGAGGCGCCACAUGAUGACACACACCAACGAGAAGCCUUUUGCCUGUCAUGUCUGCGGCCAGAGGUUUAACCGUAAUGGUCACCUGAAGUUCCACAUGGAGAGGCUUCACACUGACGAACCAUCGCCUCGUAAAACUCGCUCUGUUCCAUCUCAGCAGACCAUCAUCGUCAACAGCGAUGAAGAGGCUUUAGCCACACUGCAGAAUCUGCAGGCGGGUCAGACAGUGAUCAGUCCAGAGAGAUUGCAGCAAGCUUUGGGUCAAGAGCACAUCAUCGUGGCACAAGAUCAGACUCUUUCUGACCAGGAGGAGGCAACAUAUAUACAGCAGAUCACAACAGUAGAUGGCCAGACCGUACAGCACUUAAUGACUGGAGAUACUGAGGUUCAGUACAUUAUCUCUCAGGACGGAGUUCAGCACUUAAUCCCACGGGAAUAUGUGGUGGUUUCUGAUGGCAACCAUAUUCAGAUGGAGGACGGACAGAUCGCUCAUAUACAGUAUGAGCAUGAUGGGACAUUUCUGCAGGAGCAGGAGACUGAGCAAAAUAUAAUUGCUCUAUCCCAGGAUGGACAGAUCCAGUACGUCCCCAUUAGUACAGAGCAGCAGGUUGUCUCAUCUGAAGACCUGGAGGCUGCCCAUUCUGCAGUCACCGCUGUUGCAGAUGCAGCCAUGUCUCAGACACAGACGGUUUACACAGAGGCCACACCUGAACAACUGGAACAGCUGCAACAACAGGGCAUCCAGUAUGAUGUCAUUACCUUCACUGAGGAAUAGAAACGCUAUAUAUAUAUAUAUAUAACACCAAUAUACAAACACACAGCAUCUUCUUGGCUCCAGACGAAUGCAGAAGACUUGGAGACUGAGUUGAGCCACGGCCUCCAGAAGUGUUCAGAAAAAAGAGUGAAUGUACAGAUAAAUGCACGUUGCAGUUUUCACAAAUAAUGCCUGUAAAUAUUUAAUGCAAUUUAUCUUCUUGUGACCACGGCGUUUUGCCUUGUAAAGAAAAAAACAGCAGGCUGUAUAGAGAAUACUGUAUUUAAUUCUACAUGUUUUGAUGUAAUGUGAUUGAUGAUACACUCCUGCUCACUGACACAGUCAGAAUUACAGCAGUGUGGUUAAAAGGAUGCUGGAGGAUUGAUUGAACUUUGGGGCACGGUUCCUAGCUACGGCUAAGGUGUUUAUGAUUUGUUUUCUUUUUUAUGUAUUAUACUGCUUUUUCAGUUUUUUAAGACAUCAUUUCUUUGAGUCUGUAAAGAUGGCUACCAAAAGGAACUUAAAAUACAUACCAAAUAAAUCCCAACACGACCCUUCA